AUGUAAGUAGUUUAUCCAAACCGUCCAUCUAUUUUUCCAGAUUAUUUCAACCGUUGAACCCAAAGUUGAAGCAUAUGCAAAGGUCAAGUGCACCAUACCACAGUAAAGAGUGGAAAUAAUGAUAUCCACCGUUGAAACCUUUCCAGGGCCCACAAUGAUGUUUACAUCUCAUCUAACCUGUUCAUAAGAUCAAAAAGAUAUGGAUGAAAGGAAAAAAAAAAAACAAAACAAAUAUUAACUUGAUCCAAACCUUCCAUGGCCCUCAAGAAUUUCUCAAUGGUAUACAUUCAAUUCACACUCUUUCCUUUAGUGUGGUCCACAUAAUAUUAUGAUAUACUUCAUUUUUGGUCUAAAAAUAUAAAAUGAUUUUUUAAAAUGGAUGGACGGAGUGGAUAAAACCACUAUGAUACAUAGGACCCCACAUAGUUUACUCAGUACGCUUUGCGUACUGAGUUACUCAGUGCCCCGUCCGCUUCCGCGCAUAAGAUUCAGCCACUUAUCCUCCCUGCCUGCCACGUGGUAUUGUUUGACCCAAAAUUAAUUUUCUGAUACUCCGUCGAAGUGUGAUACUCCAUGCACAUGCAUAUAUAAAUUAUACACGUGGCAUAUAAUACCUAGAACUAGAAGCCUCAAAUUGUGGGACCCAGAGCAGUAGAGAACAUGCAUCUCUAAAAUAAGAUGCAUUUUCUAUCAUCUAGCCUCAGAUUAAUCGAGGUACGUUAGUUAUGUUGAGACUGUUUUCUAAUUGCAAUAUCUACCGUUUAUCAUAAGUCAAAUAAUAUUCCACUUUCGAUCCUAAAUCCAGUAAUAAUAUUGACUUAUAAAUCAUCUAUAUUGGAUCCCACGAUUUUACACCGUUUGAUUUGAUCUUUAUAUUAUCCACGUAGACAACUCAUAGGUGCAUGUGUAUGAAAAUAACAAACCUCCAGAGUAUUAAAAAUUUUCUCCGUCUAGAAAUGGAAAACCGUACAACGACGCAAUCAUUGCUAGCUUUCAGUCCACGGGCAGCACUUACAAAGGGAAGCUUAACAGUCACAAUAACUAUGCAAUUCUAACCGUCGGAUCAACCUUAAAAUCAACGGCCAUAAAGCCACUGAAAUCAAUGCAUGGCUCUCUGCUUAUAAGAAGCAGAGCAUUCUGCUCAUGCAACUCUCUCUCUCUCUCUCUCUCUCUCUCUCUCUCUCUCUCUCUCAAUGGAGUUUUUCAGCAGAUUCAGAGGCGAGCUUGCAUUGCCGGGGCCGGCAUUCUUGCCGGAGUAUUGCCCAAAAGCCGAUAUCCGAGAUGGGUUUUCUUUCGAAGCGUGUUCGUCGAAAGGGCCGCAAGAUUUGCUCAAUUUCGAUCAGUUUUCCACCAAUGGAUUAUUGCCAAAUUCGAAUUUUGAUCCAUUUGGAGCUUUCGCAAGCGGGUAUUCUUCGAAUUUCGAUGUGGGCGGCGGCAUCAAGACAUUCGUUGCAGGCCACGGAGAUGGGGUCUUCGAUAAUUUCCAGAAUGUAGGGGAGCGAAUCGAACAGGAUCGAUGCAGGGGAUUGAAUUUCUGCAACUCAGUAGAACCAAUGAAUUUCGUGUUGCCAGAUGAGAUUUCGUGCGUGACUGGCGACAAUGGCAUUUAUGGGGAAGUUGGUUUGAGUAAGAAGAACAUGCAAGUGAAAAGGAGUGGGAAAAUUCAAAAGAAAUCCCAUGUAGUUAAAGGCCAAUGGACACUGGAAGAAGAUAAAUUAUUAGUGCAUUUGGUGGAGCAGUUUGGAUUGAGGAAAUGGUCGCAAAUUGCGAAGAUGUUGAAUGGAAGGAUGGGAAAGCAAUGUAGAGAAAGAUGGCACAACCACCUCAGGCCUAAUAUCAAGAAAGAUAUAUGGAGUGAGGAAGAGGAUCUUGUUAUAAUCCAAGCCCAUGCAGAAAUAGGAAACAAGUGGGCUGAAAUAGCAAAGAGGCUGCCGGGGAGGACUGAGAACUCCAUCAAGAACCGUUGGAAUGCAACGAAGCGCAGGCAGUUCUCAAGGCGCAAGUGCCGGAGCUCCAAAUACCCGAAACCAAGUUCUCUCCUACAGGACUACAUCAGGAGCCUGAUGUCGGCGGGGCCGACGGGACGUCCUGAGAAUAAGCGCACCAGUACUAGUACACCUUCCUCCGCCGCUGCUGUGACGGCCAUGCAUGAUCAGGCUGGGGACUCAGACUGCGACCGGUUAGUGCCGAACUACUGUGAUUUCAGUGACGUUAUGGAUUUUCCGAUCGAUGUGGACGUUACGACAGUUGGUUCCAUCUUUGAUGACAUGAUGAUGAUGCCCAGUGCUGAUGGUGUGGAUGAGAAAUGCAUGGAGAUGGAAAUGGAAUUGGAUGUGGAGUCUUUCAUGCAGUGUGAGAAUGUGAAGAAGGAGAUGGAUUUGGUGGAGAUGAUUUCUCAAAGCAACAACACCAACAAGUUCUGAGUCUCUUCUUAUAUAUUCAAAAAGAAAAAAGAAAAUAAAGAAAGAAAAAGACGGCUUAGAGAGAAAUGUUACAAAUUUCAAAGUGUAUAAGGACUCUUUUUAGGGAAAUGAGUUAGAAGUAGAAAAUGUUAUAAA